UGCGGAUGGACGGGGAGAGCCUGCUGCCGCCACCGGUAGCGUUUGACUACUGCUGCCGCUCCGAGUUACCGUGCUGCUGCCGGAGGUGCUGAAAUCGUCGCCUGUGACCCUGGUGAGGGCUCAUCUGAAGGAUGCGAGGGUGGCAACUCGGCUUGUGCACCUUACCGUCUCCACUCUGCAGCUCUUGACUUACCAGAGUACUGGAUACUGCCUGUGAAGAAAUCCCAAGGGAAACAAGUGACACGCUCCUAGCACAGGAAGAAGUCCUCGGAGGUCUGCAUUUAUUGGUCAUACUGGUGCAUACUGUAUAUAUGUCUUUGUGUGUGGGAAGAGAAGUGUGGGAAGUGGAUUGUUGUAAAGAAGGCCAUGAUUGGAAUAAGCAUUGGGCUGGCUUCCUAGUGUUUCCUCAGAUUGCAAGACAAGGGAACAAACCGGCACAUGAAGCAGCACUUCUUUUGUUGGAUAUAAAUAUUUUGAUAUACAUGUGUUCUUUUUUACUGCAUUGAGAUACAAAGACUUAUCUAUACUUGUUCCAGACCCUUUUACCCAUUUGGAAUUAACCUUGGAUUUAAAAGCCAGACACUCCAUCUAUCCAUGUCACCUAGAUCUGUUGAGUGACACAAGACAAGAGUUUGACAUAUUGGAAAUUAUUAAGUUUAAAGGAAAGCGGAGCAGUGCUAAUGUUGCAGGAAGACACAGAUGUAAAAAUUGUGCUUUAGAUUCACUUCAGUGCAAAACCCAAUCUGGGCAAAAUGGGGGAGCAACCCAUCUUUAGCACCAGAGCCCAUGUCUUCCAGAUUGAUCCCAACACGAAGAAGAACUGGGUUCCUACCAGCAAACAUGCCGUUACUGUGUCAUAUUUCUAUGAUAGCACAAGGAAUGUAUAUAGGAUCAUUAGUCUGGAUGGAUCGAAGGCAAUAAUAAAUAGCACCAUCAGUCCAAACAUGACAUUCACUAAAACAUCCCAGAAGUUUGGGCAGUGGGCGGACAGCCGAGCGAACACGGUCUACGGCCUAGGAUUCUCCUCUGAAAAUCAUCUCACUAAAUUUGCAGAAAAAUUUCAGGAAUUCAAAGAAGCUGCUCGAUUAGCAAAGGAGAAAUCUCAAGAGAAGAUGGAACUAACUAGUACGCCUUCACAGGAAUCGGCUGGAGGAGACAUACAGUCACCUCUCACACCAGAAAGCAUCAACGGGACCGAUGAUGAAAGGACACCUUCAGAAGUGACGCAAAACUUUGAACCAAGGGCUGAACCUACGCAGAAUGCAUUGCCAUUUACACAUAGUUCUGUAAUCAACAAGCACUGGGAAGCAGAACUGGCAACACUAAAAGGAAACAAUGCCAAACUCACAGCCGCUUUGCUAGAGUCUACUGCCAAUGUUAAACAAUGGAAACAACAGCUUGCAGCCUAUCAGGAGGAAGCAGAGCGUCUACACAAACGGGUGAGCGAAUUAGAAUGUCUAAGCAGUCAAGCAAAUGCAGUUCAAACACAUAAAACUGAACUAAAUCAGACGAUACAAGAAUUGGAAUCUACAUUAAAAAAGAAAGAAGAGGAAAUAGAACGGUUGAAAGAAGAGAUUGACCACGCAAAAGAGCUGCAAGAACAGAGGGAUUCAUUGAGCCAAAAAUUACAGGAGGUAGAAACACGCAACAAAGACUUAGAAGGGCAGCUGAGCGACUUAGAACAACGCCUGGAAAAGAGUCAAAGUGAACAGGAAGCUUUUCGCAAUAACUUGAAGACACUUUUAGAGAUCCUGGAUGGAAAGAUCUUUGAACUCACUGAACUGAGAGACAACCUGGCGAAGUUGAUAGAAUGCAGCUAAAAAGAAAAGGGACUGGUCUUGCUAACCCUCUUAAAGAUGCACUGUCUCUCUUCACAGCAUGAUGGUGGGCUCUGCAUCCAAGUUGCACAAAACAAGAUCGGGAAAACUCUUUUUUUCAAGGUCUAUUUGCAAAUUUCGUAGUUGGCUGAAGUGUGAAAUUGAGACUUGCUUUAGCAGCUAAAGAGAGGAAAUUAAAACUAAAACUUGAAUUACAAAUUACCUCCUAUAUACUUAUUGGCCAUAAUGAACUUUUAACCCAUUCAGUGCCGGGUAUUCCUAAGCUCUAGCUCUGAAUGUAUAAUAGGGUAAUUAACGUUAGUUUGAGGCAAUCCAAUUCUGAUGUGCUAAUGAAACGUUAGCAGUAAACGGAUUGUGUUAGAAACAAUAUGUAGGUUUUUUUCUUAGGUUUGGUUUCUAUUAUUUAUUUUCAAAUGAACUAUAUUCUUGCAGUGUUUUGUGCAAAAACUUAGUGAUGGGAGAUGCCCUUUGUAUUUUUUUUUGUUGCAAUCUGAACAUUUUCUCAGGAUAUUUUUGCACUGUUGGAAAGAAAAAAAAAGUGCAUUACUAAUUAACCUUGCCAGGAGUGAGAGAAAAUGCAUCUUUAACUGAUACAUAGAUACAGUAAUCCUACCACUUGUAUAAAGUUCUUCCUUUUUUUAUACUGGAAGAUAUUUCUGUAUGAAGUUCACACUGGUGUUCUUUAAUAUAUUGUCCUGUGUAAGGUUUACUUUUUUCAAUUUUCAUUCAUUUACAGUCUCAUUUUCUUAUACACUAUAAAGCCAACUCCAAAGGCAGCUGGGUCCCUGUGAAAUAAAGGUUGUUUUAUUUAUGAUAUAUUUGAAGAGCAUAAAGAAGAAUAUUAAAACAAACAAAUUUAUUACAUGGACUUUUAAUUGCAUAUGAGUAUGUUUUGAAAUGAAUGCAAAAUGUUUACUUAUGUAUUUUGGAACACUUCCUUUCUGAAUACCCAACGCAUUUCAGUAUACCUAGUUAUCAGUAGUAGGCAUUUAUGUCUGUUAAAAAUACUAUUUUAGGAUAUCCCGCUAUUGGGAAUCUGUUACUUUGAAUUGAUCAAAAUGAAAGUACUGUUUGUUUGUUCUUUAAAGCUGGGAUAUUGUGGACAUUAUGAUAUGUUUAGCUCCUCUAUCCACUGCAAAUCAGGUUAGGGGAAAGCAGCAAAUUGCAGGAAAUCAUGGAUGACAUCAAGAACCUUUUACUCUGGUAACGGCUGUGGACUAAAUUAAGAAGCUGCGUUAUUGGGCCCAGUUACAGGAGAAUCUUCGUACCGAAAUGAUCAGAUUUCUUAGGGAAACUAAACUUUGUUACUACUGCAUUGAGGACCCAACAGAUUAAUUAACAUUAAUAGCAGUUGACACCAAAUUGGGUACAUGACUCCACAGAGAAAUCUGUGUGCCCUAUACUAUAUAUGUUAAAACAGAAAAAAAAGUUUUUACAACAGCUUUAUUUAUAAAGUAAAAGGUACAUCUGACAGUGCUCCUUUUACAGUGCAUUUUAUUUGAUCAAAAUAUAUUUCUGUUACAAGAUUUCAGACCUCACAUGGUUUGUCAUCAGGUGCUGUACAGAUUUGUAACAGGUAUAAUUACCACAUUUAUAUGUUGGUCCAAUAAAAUAUAUAACCUA